GGCCGCCGGCCUCCCGGGCCCGAGCGGCCCUCCGCGGGCGGCGCGGCACUUGGGCACCGCGCGCUCGGGCCAGCAGCCGGGAGCCCGCCAGCGGGGCCAUGGGCUGCGACGGGCGCGUGUCGGGGCUGCUCCGCCGCAACCUGCAGCCCACGCUCACCUACUGGAGCGUCUUCUUCAGCUUCGGCCUGUGCAUCGCCUUCCUGGGGCCCACGCUGCUGGACCUGCGCUGCCAGACGCACAGCUCGCUGCCCCAGAUCUCCUGGGUAUUCUUCUCGCAGCAGCUCUGCCUCCUGCUGGGCAGCGCCCUCGGGGGCGUCUGCAAGAGGACCCUGGCCCAGUCAUUAUGGGCCCUCUUCACCUCCUCUCUGGCCAUCUCCCUGGUGUUUGCCGUCAUCCCCUUCUGUCGUGACGUGAAGGUGCUGGCCUCCGUCAUGGCGCUGGCCGGCCUGGCCAUGGGCUGCAUCGACACGGUGGCCAACAUGCAGCUGGUGAGGAUGUACCAGAAGGACUCGGCCGUCUUCCUCCAGGUUCUCCAUUUCUUUGUGGGCUUUGGGGCUCUGCUGAGCCCUCUUAUCGCGGACCCCUUCCUGUCUGAGGCCAGCUGUUUGCCUGCCAAUAACACAGCCAACGCCAGCUCCGGCAGCCACCUAUUCCAUGCAUCCCGGGUCCUGGGCCAGCACCAUGCUGACGCACGGCCUUGGUCUAACCAGUCGCUCCCUGGGCCACCCCCGCAGGACGGGGCAGGGACCCGUGUGUCCUAUGCCUUCUGGAUCAUGGCCCUGAUCAAUCUCCCGGUGCCCCUGGCGGUGCUGUUUCUGCUGUCCAAAGAGCGGCUGCUGACCUGCUGCCCUCAGAGGAGGCCCCUGCUCCUGUCUGCGGACGAGCUCGCCCUGGAGACGCAGCCUCCUGAGAAGGAAGACGCUUCCUCGCUGCCCCCAAAGUGUCAGCCCCACCAAGGGCACGGGGACCUGUUCAGCUGCUGCCAGAGGAAGAACUUCAAAGGAGCCCCGUAUUCCUUCUUUGCCAUCCACAUCACAGCCGCCCUGGUCCUGUUCAUGACCGAUGGGAUGACGGGGGCAUAUUCUGCCUUCGUGUACAGCUAUGCAGUGGAGAAACCCCUGUCUGUGGGACACAAGGUGGCCGGUUACCUCCCCAGCCUCUUCUGGGGCUUCAUCACUCUGGGUCGGCUUAUUUCCAUCCCCAUCUCCUCAAAAGUGAAGCCAGCCACCAUGGUUUUCAUCAAUGUGGUCGGUGUGAUGGUGACGUUCCUGGUGCUGCUUGUGCUCUCCUACAACGUCGUGUUCCUGUUCCUGGGCACGGCCAGCCUGGGCCUGUUUCUCAGCAGCUCCUUCCCCAGCAUGCUGGCCUACACUGAGGACAUCCUGCAGUACAGAGGCUGUGCGACCACGGUGCUGGUGAUCGGGGCAGGAAUUGGUGAGAUGGCCCUCCAGAUGCUUGUUGGCUCGGUCUUCCAGGCUCGGGGCAGCUAUAGUUUCCUGGUCUGCGGCGUGAUCUUUGGUUGCUUGGCUUUUACCUUCUAUAUCUUGCUCCUGUUUUUCCACAGGAUGCACCCUGGACUCUCAUCAGUUUCUACCCGGGACAAAUCACUUGGAAUGGAAAACUUGGAGUGCUACCAGAGGUAAAACUGGGCGAAGGAGGCAGGCAAGGACUUCCAGCCUCCUGAGCACCAGCACACAGUGUUUAAGGAAGCUGGAGGUGGCAGUGGAGGCAAUCUCUCAACACCUGGUUCACAUCUUCUCCACUAACACUUGGUUGGGUAGAAGAAAUUAAAUUGAAUUCUGGUAUGUGGGUCCUCCCUGGGCAAAUCAUUAGUGGUUUACCUGGCUACUCAAGUGAACUUCUUCUUCCCUGGUUCAGACUUUUGGUAAGAGCCGUCCAGGAUGCCCAGAUGGGAAGGAAGAAGACAGCCAUAUGCUUCGCUCAUUGGCCGCCUCCUGCAUGGACCACAUCCUGAGUUUGAAGAUCACUCUUAGUUGAAAUUUGAAAAAAUAGGUUGAAAUUGUAAAGCCUGAUGAUCCUUGCUGUAUGUAGAUAUAUUUUAAAUGAAUCAAACCCCCAGUUAUUCCCUGGCAUGCUCAAA